ACAUCUUCCUUUAAGCCACGUGGAGUUACUCGCGGCUUAACAACUACAACUAUAGCUAAGGCAUCAUCAACUGGAAAGUUGUCAGUGACUUUUAAUGCGGAGUGUCGUCAACCAAUUUGUACUAAUGCUGAGAAAUUUAAUAAUGAGAUUGGAUUCAUUAUUCGGAAUCAUGGUACAUUUCAUUAUAAAGAGUGGAGAAUGGUCCCAGAAGAUGUGAGAGCUCCAUUGCGACACUAUCUUUUGGAACAUUUUGACAUCAACUUGAAUGAUGAGACAACUAAAAAAUUCAUUGAUGAGCAAAUGAGAAAAGCUUGGAAGGGUCAUAAGUACAAGCUGCACUUAUAUUUCAAAGAAAUUGGAGGAGAAAAUGAUCUUGAGAUGGCCAAGAGCAAACGUCAUCCAGACUUAAAAGAAGAACAUCAAGAAGAUUGGAUGAUUUUGUGUGAUCGUUGGUGUUCUCCUGAAUUUAAGGAAAGAGCAUUAAAGAAUACUACCAAUCGAUCAAAGAGGAAAUGA